AUGAUAAAGCACAGCUGGUUUCGCAGUCAGAAGAUAAAAACACGUUUAGCAGAAGGAAAGAAACUCAGUAAACAAGGUCAGGUUGAAGAGCUCACUAAGGAACUCCGUAACAGGAAGGAGAAAGUUACGUCUAGUGUGGAAGUACAGACAGAGGACUAUGCUGCAUGGUUACAAGCAGACUAUUACUACUAUGAAAAUUAUUACAAUCACACUGAUAAUCAAGACUGUGCAUCUGAACUGCCAGUGCAGCACAAUCAUGGGACUGAAGGCACUGAGCAUAAUUCCACAGAAGAAUUGCAGACAGAUGUUAAUAUUCCUUUACGGAUAGAUAGCACCAAAGUUGCUGAAGGUGGAGAAGAGGAAAAUUUCAUCCAGAAUUCACAGGAAGCAGAAGAUACUUCAGUAGCAGAGAGUUCUUUGGCAGAGAGCUUGCGAGCUGCUGCAGAAGCUGCUGUUUCACAAACCGGAUUUAUUUACGAUGAAAAUACAGGACUGUAUUAUGAUCAUAGCACUGGGUUCUACUAUAAUUCGGAAAACCAACUGUAUUAUGAUCCAGCAACUGGAAUUUAUUACUACUGUGAUGUGGAAAGCGGACGGUACCAGUUUCAUUCACGAGUGGAUCUGCAGUCUUACCAGGCCUCUGGUGCUCAGCACAGCAAGGAUAAAAAAGGGAAAAAGAAGAGAAAAGAACCAGAGCGGAUUACUGCAAAUGAGUAUAAGGUACGUCAGUUGACAGAAACCAUGGCUAAUCUGAAGAUUUCUUCUUUUGGAUUGGCAGCUUCUGGUGAAG